CUUGACUCUUUCCUCUCUCUCUACGCUUCUCACCCUUCGGAAGCGUAGGUUCUUCACUUUCGCACAUCCAAAGGGGGUUUCUCUAUUAGAUCUCGUCGGAGCUUUUCUCGUUCCCUCCGCUCUCCCAAACAACGCCGUCAGUGUAGUGCUCUCUUCCCAUGGCUGCCACUGCAACUGCUGCUGGUCCUCGAUAUGCUCCGGAGGACCCAACUCUCCCCAAACCAUGGAGAGGUCUGGUUGAUGGUAAAACUGGGUAUCUUUACUUCUGGAACCCGGAGACCAACGUUACCCAAUAUGAUAGACCAACGAGCUCAGCACCUCCAUCAAAGCCCUCUUCUGCACAGUCUAUAAGUUCCUCGGUUCAUGUUCAACAAUCUUCACAAGGGCAACGUCGUCCUGAUGAGGGAGAUGAUAGGUAUAGCAGAGGCAGCAAUGGUGGCUCGAAAUUUGACACAGGAACAAGAACUCAGCAGACUGCAAGAAGUGCAACAGUUUCUCAUAAUACCCCAAGUGGGACACUAAGUUCACAUGGAGGAUCUUCUGUGAAAGGAAAUGGAUCAGACACUGGAAGUGGUUUGUCUGCUGAGGCUUAUAGUCUCCGCCAUGAAAUAUCAGUUGUUGGUGAUAAUGUGCCUCCACCAUUCACUUCAUUUGAAUCUACUGGCUUCCCAUCUGAAAUUCUUAGAGAGGUACAAAGUGCUGGUUUCUCUGCCCCAACUCCAAUUCAAGCACAAUCUUGGCCGGUUGCUCUUCAAAGUAGAGAUAUAGUAGCCAUUGCUAAAACUGGUUCGGGGAAGACCUUGGGGUAUUUGCUUCCAGGAUUUAUCCAUCUCAAGCGCACCCGUAAUAACCCUCAGAUGGGUCCAACUGUAUUGGUUUUAUCACCAACUAGGGAGCUGGCAACACAGAUUCAAGAUGAGGCAGUGAAGUUUGGGAAGUCAUCAAGGAUAUCUUGUGUGUGUUUGUAUGGAGGAGCUCCAAAGGGACCACAGUUGAGAGAUAUUGACCGAGGAGCAGAUGUUGUGGUUGCCACUCCUGGCCGCUUGAAUGAUAUUCUUGAAAUGAAGAGAAUCAGUCUCCAUCAAGUUUCUUAUUUAGUGCUGGAUGAGGCUGACCGGAUGCUGGACAUGGGGUUUGAACCACAAAUAAGGAAGAUUGUGAAGGAGAUACCUGCUCGUCGCCAGACCCUAAUGUAUACCGCAACUUGGCCAAAGGAGGUUCGGAAGAUUGCAGCGGAUCUACUGGUCAAACCUGUUCAGGUUAACAUUGGCAAUGUUGAUGAACUGGUUGCGAAUAAGUCUAUCACACAGUACGUUGAAGUACUGACCUCAAUGGAGAAGCACAGACGACUGGAGCAGAUAUUGCGUUCUCAAGAGCCAGGGUCUAAGAUAAUUAUCUUUUGUUCGACCAAGAAGAUGUGUGAUCAACUUUCUCGCAAUCUAACCCGCCAGUUUGGAGCUGCUGCAAUUCAUGGCGACAAAUCUCAGAGUGAGAGGGAUUAUGUGUUGAAUCAAUUUCGUUCUGGGAGGACUCCAAUUCUUGUAGCAACUGACGUUGCAGCUCGAGGAUUGGACAUCAAGGACAUAAGGGUGGUUAUCAACUACGACUUCCCUACUGGAGUAGAGGAUUAUGUUCACAGGAUUGGGAGAACUGGAAGAGCGGGCGCCACUGGCCUGGCUUAUACAUUUUUUGGUGAUCAGGAUGCUAAGUAUGCAUCAGAUCUCAUCAAAGUUUUGGAAGGUGCAAAUCAGCGAGUACCCCCAGAAAUUCGUGAGCUGGCUUCCCGUGGUGGUGGGAUGAACAGGUUCAGACGUUGGGGUUCUGGGCCCAGUGGUGGUCGUGAUGGGGGUCGUGGGCAAAAUGAUUCAAGUUACGGUGGAAGGGAUGGUGGAAGGGGAGGAGGAUAUGGAUUUACUCCCUCUUCUGGCAGGUAUGGUCAAUCCAAUGGGUAUGAUAGAGGCCGCAGUCCCAGCCCUGUCAAGGCGUCGGGAUAUAGAGCCCGUAGCCGUAGUCCUGAGAGGUUUGACAAGGCUCUGCCAACAGGUGGUGGCUCUGCAGGUGGAUGGAGUUUCCACAAAGCAAUGAUGGAAAGGGAGCGGUCAUCGCCUCCACGUAGACGCAAUGCUGAGGAAGCUGAGGAGGGAAUGAUACAUCCAGAGUAAUUUCACACAUCUAGUGGCAUCUGCUGUGGUGCUGUCGUUUGUUUUUUGUGUCUCGCCGGUGGGUUUGUUUUUUAUGUUUCGCCGGUGUGUUAAGUGUUGUAAACCGACGUAGGGCAAGCUUCACGAGAACUACCAGGAUGCAACUGUUUUGACUAAUUUGUGGUCGGUCGGGCUAAACGCUUUGAUGUUAACCCUUGCUGAACCUCAUCUCUCUCUCUCUCUCUCUCUCUGUUUACUGUCCUGGUCACCAUUUUUGGUCUUUCCCUUUUUGGUAGGAAAAAGGGCACAAAUAUGUAGUACAGUAGAAAGUACUGGUUUUAGUUAAUAUUUAAAAGUGUAAGCAAUUUGUAGUUUCUACAAUAUGCAGAUGAAUUAUUAUCUACAUCUAAUGAUCUAAUCCAUUGUUGUGUUUACUUUUUGACA